AUGGAGGAUGGCCUCCUCCGCACAUUUCAUUCAAGCUUGGCGGAGCCAGAUGUGGCGCAGCGUCGGGAGGUUGCCCUGGCUGCACGCUGCCUCGAUCGGAGCAGCCUUGGUUACAAUGCCAUUCGUGCCUUGGGUAAGGCCUCGUGGUCAGAGGCAGAGAGCCUCCUCGAGGCUGACAUAUCGUUGCUCCGAGCGCAACUGGGCGCAUCGGCCAUCUGGGACCCAGAUCUUUCUGCAAGGCUCAGGCGCUGGGCAGCGGGCGGCGCACGUGCGAUAAGCGCAGGACUGGUGUGGCAGGGCCAGCUGCCGGUGCUGGGCGGGGCAUUGGAGGCCUCUGGGGCGGUCGAGGGCGAUGGCCUGCAGAUUCUCACGAAUGAGGCAUGGAGUCGUGGAACUUCCGUGGCUUAUGUGUGGGUCUAUCGCUUUCGGCGUGCAGCAGCCGCUGCUGCCCAUUUAAGCUACCACCCAGCGCUGGCGGCGGAGUCUCCAGGUUUGCGAGCAGCGUUACUGUUCAGGGAUCCAGAGACUGGAGCGCAGCCAGAUGGAAGCGAGUGUCUGGACGUGCAGGUCCUGCUUGCGACCACCUGCCGUGGCUCUUCCUUGCCGCCAUCAGGGUUGCCAUUGCCCGCGGCAGCAGCACCAACAUCCUUGGAGAUGAGGUUGCGGCAGCGAGCUCUGGAAGUGAUGUCGGCGGAGGCUAGCGGCUACCCAGUGCUUGCAGACACCCUUCGCCGGGAUUUAUCUGAUUUGGCGGCUUCUUCGGGUAUCCAGGUACCUGAUGAUUCCUCCCCGCCGCACUUUGCUGUUCACCUGCACGACCUCGCAAACUUGGAGGAGGAAGAUGGUGUCUGUCCCAGACCGGUGUCUCGUCCACAGCCGGGCAGAACUGGCUUGAAUGAGCGACCGCUGUCCUACGUCUCGAAACGGCCACCAGCCACUUCGGAGGAGGCACUGUUGGAAGCUGACCUUGCAGCCGCCCUCGCUGCAGCUCAGCGCCUGCUGAAGCAGGAUGUGAAUGAGGUCGUGAAGAACACAAACGCUGCGGCACCUAGACCAGAAGAGCCACCAACGCAGCCUAACCAGCUGGCGCUUCAGCAAGGACUCCUGCAGUUGGCGCGUGGUCUGGAAGCCAAAGCUCUUGUACAUAGUGGUGACAAAGUUCCCGUCAGCUUGGCCGUGAAUCCUGACUAUACGGUCAACGUGGAGGUCGCCGGGGAAUCUCGGGCGUUCCAGUUGACCAGCAUCGACGAGGUGGCCUGCGGCGAAGCAGCUUUGGGCUUGCUGAAAGGUUGCUUGAGCCGGCCUCCGCCCAGUCGCGUCUGUGCUUUGCGGCUGAAGGAUGGCAAAUGCCUGGCUCUGCUUUUGCCUGUGGAGGUGGCGCCGGAGAUCUUUGUUCGCUGCCUGCUGCAGCUCCGCGAGGGUGCGAGUUCUGUGAGUGGAAGUGAAGGAAAGGUGGUGAUGCAAAGCAGCAGAAGCAGCGAAGGCGUGUCAACUGUUGCCAUUGGCAGCGCUGGUGCAAGUUCUCCUCCUGACCUGCAGAAGCUUUCGCCGCGGGAGGUUGGCCAGAUGCCGCUGCAGGAACGCCCGGACGCCGACAGGCGUAGCCCUGCAACCACGACCUCGCGGCCACGAAGUUCAUGGACAGGACCUGCAAGUGGCACAGCUUUGACUGCACCAGGUGCGCAAUUCUUGGAUGCAUCCCUGGGCGACACGCAGCCGUUGGACUGCACCUCCUCAUGCAGGAUGGCGCAGGCCGUUGCAACUACGACAGCUUGGUGCCAGCCAUCAUCUCCUCCACAGGCAUGGCCCACAAGAUCUUCGAGUCCACCUCCAAUGGUGCACUUCGCGCAGACUGCGGCCCCGGCGCCUCUUGCAGCACGGUCUAUGAGCCCUGUGCCUACGAGAGUCCUUGCGUUGCCUGCUUCCGCGAUGCAAGUGCAGACGCUGCCACCGCGGACGGUCGUGACACAGAGCAUGCCAAUGCAGCCACCACGAACGGUGAGCACUUGGAUGCGAACAAUCGUGUACCCAGCUCAACACAAGCCUGCUCCAGAAGCACCCGUUAUCAGGACGAUGCCUGCGGGAGGGCUGCAAGUAUCCACUCUUCAGGCCAGCUGA